GUAAUUGUGUCUGCACAGUUUGGCGCUCAAUGCUUUCAAAGAAGCUAUUUAUGAAGAUCCAUUUCAAGUUCUGUCCAAUUGGAAUACAAUGGAUUCAAAUCCUUGUGACUGGAAUGGCGUUUCCUGCAAUCCGGUUGGAGACCAUGUUGUUAAGCUAAACAUUUCGAGAUCAUCAUUAAAGGGGUUUCUAGCACCAGAAUUGGGACGAAUCACGUACUUGGAAGAAUUGAUUUUGCAUGGCAAUAAACUGAUUGGAACAAUACCUAAAGAGUUGGGGAUGUUGAAAUCUCUUAAGGUCCUGGAUUUGGGGAUGAAUCGUCUAUUAGGACCAAUUCCUCCAGAGAUUGGAACUUCAACCCAAUUAAUGAAAAUAAAUUUGCAGUCCAACGGGUUGACUGGUAGACUGCCCCCAGAUCUUGGAAAUUUGAAAUACCUUCAAGAACUGAGGCUGGAUAGGAAUAAGCUUCAAGGACCUGUUCCUGCUGACAGCAGUUCCGAUUUUCCUUCAAAUAUGCGUGGCAUGUAUGCAUCAAAUGCGAAUUUAACUGGUUUCUGUCGUUCGUCUAAGUUAAAAGUUGCAGAUUUUUCCUAUAACUUCUUUGUUGGUAGCAUCCCAAAAUGCUUGGAAUAUCUUCCAAGGUCCAGCUUUCAAGGGAAUUGCCUCCAGAUCAAAGAUUCAAGGCAACGCCCUUCUAUGCAAUGUGCUGGUGCUUCACCUGCCAGGGGCCACCCCGUGAUCAACCGAAAGCACCGAUCAGCUGAUUAUUUAUCCAAGCGUCAAGGAGCACCAAAACCGGCUUGGCUUUUGGCUCUAGAAAUAGUGACAGGGACCACGGUUGGUUCUCUCUUUUUAGUUGCUGUCCUAACUGCUCUUCAAAGGUUUAACAGCAAAUCAUCUAUCAUUAUUCCUUGGAAGAAAUCUGCAAGUGAGAAGGAGCAGCGUAUGACAGUAUAUAUAGACUCUGAGAUGUUGAAAGAUGUAAGGAAGUAUAGCAGACAAGAGCUCGAAGUGGCUUGCGAAGAUUUCAGCAACAUCAUUGGGUCCUCGCCUGACAGUGUGGUAUACAAGGGCACCAUGAAUGGUGGGCCUGAAAUUGCCGUAAUUUCCCUCUGCAUUAAGGGAAAUUGGACAGGAUACCUCGAGCUCUAUUUUCAGCGGGAGGUGGCAGACUUGGCGAGGCUAAAUCAUGAGAAUAUAGGAAAACUACUAGGAUAUUGUAGACAGAGCACUCCAUUUACAAGGAUGCUGGUUUUUGAAUAUGCUUCAAAUGGGACGCUUUCUGAGCACAUACAUUAUGGAGAAGGAUGCCAGUUAUCAUGGACAAGGCGUAUGAAUAUUGCCAUUGGUAUUGCACGAGGUCUCAAAUAUCUGCACUCAGAAGUUGAGCCUCCAUUUACUAUACCGGAGCUUAAUUCUGGUUCUGUAUACCUAACAGAAGAUUUUGCCCCAAAGCUGGUUGAUUUUGAAAGCUGGAAGACAAUUUUGGAAAGAUCAGAAAGGAAUUCUGGUUCUGUUAGCAGCCAAGGUGCCGUUCGUGUUUUACGAAAUUCCAUCGAGGCACGCCAUCUUGAUACCCAAGGAAACAUAUAUGCUUUUGGGGUGCUCCUACUUGAGAUAAUCAGCGCAAGAUCUCCCAAUUGCAAGGACAAGAGUUACUUGGUGGCCUGGGCGAAGGACUAUCUUGAAAAUCCAGAAGAAAUGCCAUCUUUGGUGGAUCCGGAACUGAAACAUUUUAGGGACGAAGACCUUAAAGUGAUAUGUGAGGUAAUAAAUCUCUGUAUCAAUUCUGACCCCGCAAGGCGUCCAGGGAUGCAAGAGUUGUGUAGUAUUCUGGAGAGAAGAAUCGACACAUCCAUAACUUCGGAGCUCAAGGCAUCAUCUUUGGCUUGGGCCGAACUUGCACUCUCAUCUUGAAUCACUCAAUCAAAACUAACAUACUCCAAAGCAGAGGCAUACAUAAGUAUUUACUUUUCUGACUAAUUUCUCUUCCUUAUUUACUUGUAAAUGAUUGCUCAAAAAGGCAACGUAGAGGAUAAAAUCUCAUAGCACUGGGAGAUGAUUAGAAACGAAGAAAUUGGGAAAAGGGGAUGACUGUGCUGGACAACGAUUUCCCGUAUUGGUUCACAUCGAGCGUUUGUUAUUUGUAUUGGGCAAUUUAUUAAAUAGCGAGGGUUCGACCUGCAAUUUCCCUGUUCUUUCCAAUUUCAAGUGAGCUGCGAUUAAAGGGGAGUCCAAUGCUAUAUUUGUAAACUAGAUGUGCGGAGGUCGAGAUGAGUAGUAUAUAGUGCAUGUGAUUUGUAAAAGGUGCCGCUACCGCUAUUGAUGAUAUUGUAUAUUGAUUGAUGAUAUUGAUGAUUAUUUGUUAGA